AGAUCGAACGUUGAGGCCGGAAAUUUCAAUGAGUUGAACGCAAUGCACGUCAUACCACACAAUUGUAGUCGCAUAUCUUUACUACUGUGUCGUUAUUAUAGUUAUAUAUAGUUUUAAAUUAUAGCUAUGCGGUAGAAUUGAAACUAGUAGCGAACCAUCGAGAACGUGUCCCUCUAACAAGAGAACAAGUGGAAAGUUGCCUGAGGACCAAAAGUGUGUUUAAUUUGUAAACCGUAGCAGCGAGGCUUAACAAACUUCCUAACUAGAACCUUGAACGUAGGAAAGCUUACACCUAGUGACAUUCAUUAACUACCGAAAUCCAAGGUAUUUAGGCGCGCGGGUUUGCCCAAAAUCCCGUGACUUAAAAGCUUCUCUAAAGUCUGACGUCAAACGACGAGUACAAAGUUAUUAGAUCACUUAGUAAGUUUUCCCUUUUUAUUUCAUUAAGAAUUUUAAAUUACAGCAAAUCAUCAGGAGUUCGAUCAUCGAUAAUAUCUUCUCUUGUCAACCACUUAUGAACAAAUUUUUUACUUAUUAUGACACGCUUCAAGCAUCAUUUUGAAUCGGUAGAAUAAAUUGAAAAAGUGUCUUUGUUGCUGAUCGUAACGAGGAAUUAAAUAAAUGUUUUGGCAAAAUUUAAUUUGAAAUGAAAUUUAUCUCACUUUAAUCACUCGAAACGAUUUAAUAACGUGAGUCAGUAUAUCAUAACGGCGAGCGUGUCAACGAUCAUCCCCCCGUGCUCCUCGCUCAGAGUGUAAUCCGCGCUUCCUCUAACGCGUAUCAUUCGAAUUUAAUCCUUAUCGAAGUUAGAGGAUGGGGAUACCAUCAAUGAACGUCGAAAAGAAGGAGAAUAGGGGUCAAAGUCAAACGGUAACGAAGCUUGGCUCAGUUGUCACGACAUCGCUGUACCAGCCGGCCGCAUUCAGCCGUUUCUGCAAUUACCUGUCAACUCUUUCGACGCUGCAACAGUUGAUGUGCAGAAUCGAGAUUCGACGAGAAUUCUAAAUUCAUCAUCGUCCAACAACAUUAUAUCGUAACGUACACUCGUCACAUUUUUCCGUGGAGCCACAAUGGACGCAUUCGCAGCGUCAUCUCCAACGAAUUUUCGAUUGGAAUUGGAACUAAAUUUGUUUCAAGCGCAGAAGAAUGAAUCGUCGAGGCUGGUAACAGUCAGAUCUCGAUUGAAUCGUGCACAGUCAGGUGUUGAAAAAAGCGGGAGGGAAAGUGAGAGGUUCGCAUGCUGUGUUAUUCAACUCUGACGUGGGUGUCGAACGCGAUUUCGAUUUCAGGAGUAUACGUCCUGCGAAGGGAAAACUACUGUUUGUAAAAUGCAAUAUGGAGUCAUUCUUGGAAUUGUUUGAUCCAGAUAAUAACAAACACAGCCAGAAAGAUACUUGGAAUGAUUCAGAGAAUGAAGGAAAUCGAAUUUCAGACUGUGAAAAUUCAAGUAUUGAUGAUGAUCAGGAGGAAAGACUGCCACCAGAACCUGAACAGGGUAAUGUUGAAUAUAAACUAAAGCUAAUAAAUCCAUCUAGUCAACGGUUUGAACAUCUUGUAACACAAAUGAAAUGGCGUCUCAGAGAAGGCCACGGGGAAGCUAUUUAUCAAAUUGGUGUGGAAGAUAAUGGAAAAUUAACAGGCUUAUCAAGAGAAGACAUGAAGGCAUCAUUAAAAACUCUAAAUGAUAUGGCAGCUAGAUUAGGUGCUACAACAAGUAUACUACGUGAAAGACAUGCCAAUUCUAAAAAUAAAGAUAUAACCACACAUCACAAUAAAGAGGAAAGACAGAUAGCAGAAGUUUUAAUAAGAAAGUUAAGGAAAGGGGAUAGAGAGGAUCAAGAUAGUAUUAUUGAUUUGAGACUUGCAGUCACUGGUGCCCAGGAUGCUGGAAAAUCAACUCUCUUAGGAGUAUUAACCCAGGGUGAGCUAGAUAAUGGUAGAGGGAGAGCAAGGCUGAAUAUGUUGCGACACCUUCAUGAGAUAAAAACAGGUCGUACAUCAUCGAUAUCUCACGAAAUUAUAGGCUUUGAUAGCAAAGGGCAUGUUCUAAAUUAUGCGGAAAUGGCAACUGCAGAAGAAAUAUGCGAGCAUGCGUCGAAAGUUGUUACAUUUAUAGAUUUAGCCGGUCAUCGUAAAUAUUUAAGGACUACGGUACUCGGUCUCACAGGAUAUUCACCUCAUCAUGUGAUGUUAGUUGUAGCACCACCUAUGAAUGAAGCGUCGCAAGAACACAUGGCGUUAUGUCUUACAUUGGGACUUCCAUUUUUUAUAGUUGUAAACAAGAUCGAUCUUGGUUUUUAUAGUAUAUCCGAAACAAUAAAUCAAUUAGAGAACGCCAUUAAUGCACAGGGAUAUUGUAAGCAAUUAAUAAUGUAUAAUAACAGUCAAAUGUCGUGGAAUUAUGAAUCAGAUAUAAUACCAGUUUUCAAUGUGAGUUGCGUUACCGGGGAGGGUUUGGAAGAUUUAACAAAUUUUAUUAAGAAUUUAUCACCAUAUAACGUGAAUUCUGCAGAUUCAGAUCCUGAAUCGUGUCUGUUUCAAAUUGACGAAACUUUCAGAGUAGCAGGUUUGAACGAACCUGUUUUGGGAGGAUUGCUUGUGAGAGGAGCAAUCGCUCCUGGAACUCGAUUGUUGGUAGGCCCUUUACCAGACGGUGAAUUCAGUCCUGUUAAAGUUGUCAGCUUACAUCGAAACAAAACUCCAUGCUGUUUAGUAAGAGCAUCGCAGAGUGCUAGCCUAACAUUAGCACCACCAACAAAUCGAAGCCCCCCUUUGCCCCAUCUAAGACCUGGAAUGGUUUUAAUAUCACUAUGGGACCAACCUCAUGCUACACUUUUUUUUCAAGCAACUGUAUUAAUAGUGUACCACGCAACUGCAAUAUAUUCUGGUUUUCAAACAACUGUGCAUGUAGGGAAUGUAAGGCAGACGUGUAUCAUUAAAGGAAUAAUGGACGCUAAAGACAGAGGUUUACAAACGAACGAUACGGCAUCCGUGUUGUUUAGGUUCGUCAAUCAUCCGGAAUAUUUGCACGUCGGUAUGCGAUUAUUAUUGCGAGAGGGUCGUACUAAAGGAAUCGGUAAAAUAACACAGAUAUUUCCACUAAUAGGUCAGCAGAACAGUAUACAUAUUUAUGAAGUCGCUGACGACUAUGCUUAUUUUGUGAUAUGCAAUAAAAGGUCGCUUUAUGUCAUCCUUUUGUGUGUGACACUGCAGUUUAAAAAUUCUUUGUGAGAACAGUCAUUAUAAUAAUGCAAUGUUUCUCUAUAAAAUUUCAUUUUGGCUAUGAAUCUAUUUAUUCUGCUAGUAUUUAAGAAACGAAAGACUAAAAAAACAUUAUAGUUGACAAACGCAGAAUAAAAAUUUUCGCAAUAGACUACUAUUGUGAAAUGAUAAGCAUCGAGUGCUGUAUCGUUUUUAAUUCAUAGAACUUUCAGAAAGAAAAUUAUAUUACAUACUUAUACAUAUGUGUUAUAUAUAUAAAAAGAAAAAAUGUUUUGUCAAAGAAUCAAAAAAUGUUACUUAAGACGGUUGUAUUUGCGCACGUGUCUAAAUUGUAAAUGGUAAAUUCUUCAAGAUUAUAUGAGGUUACAUAUCAUAACACAUGUUAAAAUGUUUUGUAAUCAUAAAUCAUUAUGCAGCCGUCCAAAAAAAGAUUUUGUUUUAUUUACAUUAAAUCUCAAGUGUAAUGCUGUAUUAUAAACUGUAAAAUAUUUUGAAUAAAACAGAAAAAUUUACACGUCUA